CUCCAAAUGACGACGGCCGUGCACGCGGCGCUGGGUCGGGUCUGGAAUUGGUUAGAGGUUAACGGGUGGACCGCCGUGGCGACAAUGUGCGUGGUCAUGUUCACGUGGACGAACCUCGCGGAGCCAAUGCUUCGUCGCGCCCGGUCCCUCUCCCGGCAACCCACCCGGGAGCGUCAAAUCGACUAUGCCGAGCGCCAGAAACUGGCGAGAGAGAGGCAGGCAGAGGCGUUCAAACGCGCGAGCGAAGAUCACGCGGCGAGAGAGCGUGAAAGGCGGGCGCGGGAAGCGGAGGAGCUGCGGGCUCUGGGCUCGCGGGUGAGGGGGCGUGGACACAGGCUGGGGACGGGGGCGGACGAAAUUUCCCCGCGGCCCAAGCCCAAGCCCAAGCCCAAGGACGACAAGGACGACCCGUUCAGGAGGCUCCGCGAAAGGAACCCGCUAGCUCCGGAUGCCUCUCGCGGGCAUCAACCGACGAAGAGGGUGGUAAAUACGGGAGGCUGAGGACGGUAAACGCCCUUUGAAUCACUCAUAGGGCGUGCCGCUGGCUUCACGUGCUGGCGACUCCUUCGGCAGCAGGCGCGAGACUCUCGCCUCGGUGACGCCGCGUCCUGAACGUCGAAAUGAUUCGACAGGGACCCAGGCUGAUGUGCUUGAGAUUUGAUGACCGCCGCUGCGUGUACUAACACUAAAUACAUCCAGUCAGAGGUUGUUCU